AUGGGUGGUGAGCAGAUUAAAGAUAAUUCUCCUGUACAACAAUGUUCUGAGGCUGUGGAAUUCGAUGGAACUAUGAAAGAAGGAAGGUUGUUAGCUAUUAGAUGGGCAUUACAUAAGACUUGGAAGGCAAAAUGCUUGGACAUAUACUGGUGUUUGGAUGAUAAAACUCUGUCUAGAAAGCUUUGUACCUUUGAAAUGCCGUACAAGCCUAAUGAUUUUUUAAACAUGGCAAGAUUGGCUACCCAAGUGCCUGAGAAUAAUAAUCUUGUUUGUAAUAUCAAACUAGGGAAGAUCCCAGACACGGUUUCAAUUGAUGAGGAUGCAAAUGUUCUGAUGAUGCAUAGAGGGGUCACAUUUAGCGGCGACAAAGACGGGACGUCUUUUCUGUUGUCUAGGUGCCGGUUUGGCCCGAAUCAGCCUGUUGCUUUUAGGAAUGCAGAUGACAUUCAACCUAAUCAGAAAGUCCUUGUGUGUAACGGGUUGAUUCGGGCCAAACCGGCACCUAGACAACUAAUAUUGCCUCCUGGUGCGAAACACGUAUUCAAAAAACCCAAUGCCCAUGGUCACACCAUGCUUGUAAUAAGAGUACGCCCAAUAUUCCACAUCAUAGCCCAACUUAUCGUCAUCCGUCAGGUUGGCCUGGUCAGUGUCAUGUUUCUAUUUCUUGUAGCCGCGUCCUGA